UUAACAGGUAAUGAAUUGGAUAUUAAGGUUGAGGUGGAUAACAUGAAACUUGAAGAACAGAAUACGCAGACUGGCAUGCUGGCAACAGAGUCUGACAGAUACCAAGAGGUUCAGCAGCCUAGGGCAUCUGCUCCAUCAGCUGCAUCUGAAAGUGUGUCUUGUCCACAGACAGAAGAUCUCAAAGCUCGUAAAGAGAAAAUCUUUCUAUCAAUUGUGAGAAAUUAUCUUAAGACCACACCACCACAGUCCAGUGAAGAGCACAAUAAGUUUAAGGAACACUUAAAAGAAAUGAGGCUCAUCAUUACUGGUGUCUCUUUUGGAAGUUUGUUGAUAACAGUGAAGUGUGAAUCUCUAAUGAUCUUGGAGAAGUUGUGGACAGAUUACUCAUCUGGCCAUCUUGGUGAAGUGGUUCAGAAUUGUUUUGUUACUGAAAAGAUCUUGAAGGAACUGAACCUAGCUGAGCUGAGGCUGAAGACUACAAUGGACAUAGAAGAGUACAAUGCAUGCAAAAUGCUCUUUGAGAAAGAUGUACUUAGAGGUUGGUGCAAGAAUGUAACAAGGCCUAGUUCUAUCAUAAAAUAUUUGUAAAGGUUUUUGAAUGAAGUCCCUCAGAUUUUCAACAUGGAGUAUAGUAGGGUACAUGUCAUGAAGGCUGAUGGGUCCCAGCAGUUUUUUUAUCAAGAUUGAUGGAACUUUUCUCAUGAAAAACUCAUGUUGACUGCAAUAUGUAAACCAUGCCAAUGUGAGAAGUAAUUAGUUUGCAAGACAUGUUCUCAAACAUCUUUCCCUCCCCCAGUAACCUCUUAUCUUUCCUACCAAGACAUCUGGCUCAAUGUUUUUCUCUCUGUUGGAUUGUAUUUGUCUCUCCUUAAUAUCUCAGAUUACAUACAUCACCCAAAGAUUAAUUAGCAAGACUCUUGUUGGAGGAACUAUAGAAGAAAAUUUUACUAGUUCUUGUAUGUUGGGUGUUUUUAAAAAUAGUUUGAGGUGUGUUUAUGGUAUAUAAUGUUUGUCUUCUUGUAAAUCUGAUUUUAGGUGCUCUAUCCUCUGAAUUUCGCUCCACAAGUUCAACUAGUGAAAGUCCACAAAUAAAAGAACAAUGGGGGAAAAGUGAACAGAAGACAACAAUUAUGGAGAGAGUGAAAUUGGGAGGUGAAAAGGAAAUUAAAAAUCUCUUAAGUUAUUGUGGGAAGUUGUUGUGAACAGUAAUAACAAUCAUGUGAUAAAUCUUUAGAGAAUAAUCUCAGUGCAAUACUAUGGCAUCAAUAAAUUAAUAAAAUUGUACACAGUUCCACUUAUGGGAACAUUGAAGAGAGGCUGUGAAUGCUAAUCUCUCUCUGAAUUUUUCACCUUAAGGUACUUCACCCCUCACUGUAGUACCCACCACUGGUCAUGGAAGAGAACUAGAAGAAUCAAGGGGAAGGACAGGUGAACAGGAUGCUCAGUUUGAACCUAUUUUUCAAGUUAAUUUAAUUGAAACAUGGUUCUUCAUGUUGGUUGAGUUUUUCUUUUGUUAUUGGGAAAUAAAAAAACACUUUUAAGUCCAUUUAGUUGAUUUUAACUGAUAUCAAACCAUUUUGAAAUGAAUGAAAAGGUGUGGGGUUUACCACUUUCAGUUGUUUUUGUUGACUCAUUGAAGCCUAGCAUGGGCUCCAGUUUGGUUUCAGUUCCCCCUCACAUGCUCCAGUAAAAAGGAAACCAACAUGGCAAAUCACUGACUUGUUGUUUUGAUGUAUUGAUAUUGAAGAAAUGGAAGAAUUCAUAGGUGCAUAAAUUGGCCAAAAAAGCUGUUGGAGUGAAGCUGUUAGGAAAAGAAAGGAGAAAUGAAAAAAGAACCUGAAUGUAGUUUUAGUCAUCUUUUGAAGUAGAAAUUAAUGUUAUUAAUACCAAGAAUGCUUCUGUCAGCAAUUAUGAAAAAUAAUACUGGUCAAUGCAAAUUAUUUCAAAGGUGUUUUUACCUCAUUCCCUUCUCUAGUUUUAGGAAGUGCUGAGUUCCCAUGUGAAAAUGAACAUAUAAAUAAAUACUUACAUGUAGACUGAAAAAUUUUUUUAGCACUUCUCCACUUUUUUUUUUUUUCAGUUUUUAAGCUUCUUGGUUUAAAAAAGGCAAUCUAUAGUGCUCAUGUACCUAUCGUUAAAUACAAGCUGGUAUGCUUGUUUCUAACUAUUUAAAUAAAGAAAAGUCAUCGAAUGCUUAUCUCUCUCUGUAUACCUUUGUUUUUAGACACGGUUCCUCUCCUUGUAUCUCCCACGUCUGAUCCUGAAGAAGAACUAGAACCAGGAGAGCUACGUAUGGAACUUCCAAGAAUGAAAGGUGAAUAAAAGAUACUGUUAAAGGCUAAAAUAUUUUAAAAAUAAAACCUGUAUGUUGUCGACAGUAGGUCAUCAUCAGGGUGAUGAUGUCCAAGUGUCGAAAAUGUUUGUUUUUUACUUAUUUUAGCCAUGUAUAUAGCUCAAUGCCAUUAAAUGUUUUCGUAUUUUUUCCAGUAAUUAAUUUCAAGAGAAAUUAUUUCCUAUCUGAGAUAUCAACUUUUUUUUCUGUUGUUUAACUUUAAUCAAAGAAUGCUGUGAAGUGCUCUCAGCCGUUAUUCGAUAACUUACACUAGCUCAGAGGUAGAUGACCAACGCACACGUAAAACCUUCGCACGUUUUUCGCGUUCUGCGCCAAAAAAAAAAGGGCGUGCUAAAGCGUGUGUCUUAAGAGAGUUUUUGCUAUUGUUGUUCAACGCAGUCAGCUUGUUUUGUUCAGCACUGUUUCGGAAAACUAUGGUUUUCUGUCUCAAAAUGCUGCCAGCGAAGCAUCAAAUCAAUAUGUGCAUAUCUCAAUAUCAAAAGGACGCAAGGGCUGCCGUUCGUAAGGGCCGUGCACGGUGGCGCGAGCAGGGUGUAUUAAAAGCUGCAGUGCCAAGCAUGCGGCUCAGCGAUAAGACAGUAGAAUGGGAGGUAGCCAAACCCCAGAUAAAAAUUGGCAAAUUUUCCUCCAAUUCCAAUAUUUGUUAUUUCUACUUGAAGUUAACUGCAAGUAUUGGGAAAACUUCGAGUUUGAAAUGUUUUCAAAUUUCGCUGGCAAAAAUUAAAAGUGUGCGUCACAACUAGCUGUGUCUACAGACUCUGGUCUAAACUGACUAGUAGACCUAUGAGUUCGAUCGAACUAUCUCAAUUGUUUUAUAACUGUUAAUAGUUAUGUCUUUGAUUGUGCAAAUCACACCCGCUAGAAAAUGAAAAGUGCACGAAGACAAUUAGUCGUUUAUCCCGCUCAGAUAGCUUAUCGUUGAUAAAAAGAAGCUUCAGUGAGAGGGUGAUUUAUCUUGUGAUGAAAAUCAAACAGUUCCAAAGGGAUGGACCGUGAAGCCUGAGGUUCCUUGUUAAAAGAGAAUAAAUAUUUCAUUUUUGCAUGCUCAAAUCCAUCUGAAGUUAUAGAGGUGAGCGCGCUAAACCGAAAUAGAUUCACUGCGGAAUAAACUGCCAAUUGGUUUUCCAUAUCAGUUCAUGAAAAGUUGAUUAUCGCGCACAGAUAGCUUACCGAUUAAAGAAAGAAACUUAGGUUCUACUGGUAUGAAUCUUGUUAUGAAAAUCCAUCUUACCGGAUGGUUGGACACAGAGGCCUGACGUUCCCUGUUACAAAAUAAUGUUAUUUUUUCAUGUUCAAUUCCAUCCUUAGUUAUAAAAGUGACACGUACAAAACCGAAAUUCAUUCUCUUGAGUUGGAACACUCGAAUCUUCUGAGUAAAUGCUGAUUCGCUCUCCAUAUCUCCCUCUCAUUAAUUCUCCCUUAGUAUUAGAUUUCCGUAUUGAAUUUUCCGCAGUCGCAUGAAGACUGAGCAGUUUAACUCUCACAAUCUUCUGCAAGAUUAUAGAUAUAUUUUUGAUUAAUAUUGACAUUUUGUGAAAUGAGAAUCAUUAUAGUUCACGUCUCGAACAUAUUUAAUCACUUAACGGAAAAAAAAGAUACCAUUUUAAUCUUUUUCUCAAUCGUAUUUGAUAAUCGAUCAGUUCCUAUUAUCAGUCAUUUUGUUAGAUACUUUUGAUCACGGUUUUCAUUUUUCCUAAUCACAAAUUGGCAGUAACAGUGUUUAAUAGAAGGUCUUUGUAAAGUUAACCGUUAGCCGUAAAACGGCCAAAAAAUUAGCCGUUCGUCGUACAAAUUGACAAAUCGUAACCGCUAGUCGUAAAAGAGUUAACUGUAAGAAAAAUUUAUGGUGACAACAAUGAAAAGAUAUUAACCGUUAGCCGUAAAAGCCAUGCCAACACCCCUUUACGACCCUCUUUAUACUUAGAAAGGGGUAUUCAAGGGUUCAUUGGAAGAUUUUAACCCCCCUAUCCCACAAUUCCUGAUAAUAACACACUCUGGCCGAUAGGCCCUUAAAUUCAAAUUUGACGUAGCUAAAAACCCCACCCCUCCUAUUUGAAAAUUGUUCUCAACGCCUCAGUUAAGUAAACAUGUUGGUUCUAAAAAACGAGCGCCUUGUUUGAAAACAGCUGUGCGCCAGAAACAAGGUCUUUAAUGCCUCGAGGCUCUCUACAGAAAACAGUCAUUUUCGAUUGCAUUUAUCAUCAGUAGUAAGACCAAAAAAUAUUUUUGUGCGUUGACUUUUUACAAGACGACUUGACUUGCAUAUAGAGAUAGGUGGUUUAAAUGAGUCACUGCAAUACGGAUAACUUUAAUUGUUUUUAAACUUACGAACCUUUGGCUUAAUGCGCUCAUCGAGGGUCAAGUAUACCCUUGGGUGCGCCGAUGGAGAUUGAUCUAACUGGUGCAUAUUUACACUACCCACUCCCCCUAUGCAGAAACAAUUGUCACUCCCAUUAUUUUCCCGAUGAGUUACGAGCUUUUCCGCCUCCCUUCGGCCAAAGUCCCUCAGUACUACCAAUUACAGAAGGGCUUUUAUUUGAUGCUUAACGGAAAAGUUGAGCCAGAAAAAUAGACCAUUUCUUGAUACGCUUGCUUGUUGUCCUUUGUAGAGAGUAUCGUUAUCUGCUGAUGAGAACAUGGAGAGCAACAGCGGAGUUAAAUAAAUAUCAGAAAACUGAAGAACAUAAGCAUUCUUUGUCUUUCAAUCGCAUUGCUUUGAAAAGGAACUUUCAAAAAGUCUGAGAUAUGAGCAAAUUCACUUUGGUAGCUUUAAUUCCAAUUUUGUAGUCAUGGAUAAGGUUCUAAAAUUCCAGAUUAGAGAGAGUUUAUCCCCCUGCCCUCCUAAUUAUUGUUUUCGUGUCCAGACUCUUGUGCGUAGUAAGAUGAACCCAAAUUUUCUUUGUUUACCUUUCUACGAAAUACCUAACUGCUACUGAGCGGGUUAAAACUUUGUUGAGAUCUAAAUCUUCAAUUCUUGAAGUCCAUCAAUUUUCUCUUCUCUCUUUUAGAGACGAGAUUUUCAUCUUCAAUCAGCACUUAUUUCGACUCCUGCUUGUUACCCAUUUCACAAGUUUAGUAAGGCAUAUUUUAAUGCUCAUUACAUUUUGACUUUCCUUUCCCUUUUGCAGACAUUUCAGCUGAAGAGGAGAGUUGUAAAAGUGAUGAUCCUUCAGAAAAUAAACGUACAAGGCUAGCAGGUAUUAUAAUUAUCAAAUGAAGAAAUUUCAUAGUAAGCUUUCGUUUUAAUAACUUAUACUAUACUUAAAGUGGUGGAGUGUCCGAGCGCGGAAUCUGGAUGUGUUAGGUUCUAUUCCUGGUGAGGACUCAAAAUUGUUCCUUUGUCUCACGCUCGUGACAGGACAGUCAAAAUUCUUCUCUCUCCUUUUCUUCUACCAACUUGUUAUUAUUGUUCAAGAAACAGUACUCCGCAAAAUUUUACGAAAUUAAAAUUCAUGAAGUUUUUUGUUGUUACUUUGGCCGCUUCGUUUCCCAACAUUAUUGAUCCAUGAUGAAAUCAAUGCUAGAAAUUUAAUCUUCCCUGCAAUUUAAGAAGAGCUACCGAGAAAGGUAAAACUUAAUGAACUGAGUGUGGGUUUUUUUUUGCAGGGGGGAAGGGAGAGAGCGCGGCGGCAGGGGUUAAUUACCUUAAUGCUCUCAUGCCAAGGAAACUGAACUUGAGUUUGUGUGGUUUUACAAAUUUGGCAUCGUGUGCAUAUUUAUUCUUUCAAUAAAAGUUAAUACCUGUUUUUUUUUCUUAAAUAUUUCUUGAAACCGCUGAAUCUUCAAUUCUUGAAGUCCAUCAAUUUUCUCUUCUCUCUUUUAGAGACGAGAUUUUCAUCUUCAAUCAGCACUUAUUUCGACUCCUGCUUGUUACCCAUUUCACAAGUUUAGUAAGGCAUAUUUUAAUGCUCAUUACAUUUUGACUUUCCUUUCCCUUUUGCAGACAUUUCAGCUGAAGAGGAGAGUUGUAAAAGUGAUGAUCCUUCAGAAAAUAAACGUACAAGGCUAGCAGGUAUUAUAAUUAUCAAAUGAAGAAAUUUCAUAGUAAGCUUUCGUUUUAAUAACUUAUACUAUACUUAAAGUGGUGGAGUGUCCGAGCGCGGAAUCUGGAUGUGUUAGGUUCUAUUCCUGGUGAGGACUCAAAAUUGUUCCUUUGUCUCACGCUCGUGACAGGACAGUCAAAAUUCUUCUCUCUCCUUUUCUUCUACCAACUUGUUAUUAUUGUUCAAGAAACAGUACUCCGCAAAAUUUUACGAAAUUAAAAUUCAUGAAGUUUUUUGUUGUUACUUUGGCCGCUUCGUUUCCCAACAUUAUUGAUCCAUGAUGAAAUCAAUGCUAGAAAUUUAAUCUUCCCUGCAAUUUAAGAAGAGCUACCGAGAAAGGUAAAACUUAAUGAACUGAGUGUGGGUUUUUUUUUUUUUUGGGGGAAGGGAGAGAGCGCGGCGGCAGGGGUUAAAUACCUUAAUGCUCUCAUGCCAAGGAAACUGAACUUGAGUUUGUGUGGUUUUACAAAUUUGGCAUCGUGUGCAUAUUUAUUCUUUCAAUAAAAGUUAAUACCUGUUUUUUUUUCUUAAAUAUUUCUUGAAACCGCUGAAUGUUUGAUAGCAUUUUUCCCUCUGGGAAGAAGACCACCGACCCCCCAAUAAUACACCUAGAAACUCCUGCCUUAACCCCCCUUCCCUCCCCCCCAGCCCAACCCCCAUUUUAUUAACCACACCCAACCCACAUUUCCUAAUCGGUCCAACGAAGGUCUAACACUCGAAGCAUCAGCUUCAGAAUCUCUCUACAGAGGCCAAUUUACGUUAUCAACUCAGUUAAUGAAACCAAAUUAUCAUUGCUAACUGAACAUUUGAUUCACAUUUCUUAAUACUAGUAAGAGUAAUCCUAUAAUAAACUCCUGUUAGAAAUGGAUGCUAACCCUUAUGAACUUGCAAGUUAUGUUGGAGCAAAUUUGUUGUUUUAUACAUGAAACCUUGUUUGUUAAAGUGCCACGAGUUGUCUCUGUAGCACAUGAUCCCUUCGCUGAGUGCGCUAUCAUCAAAGGAAACUGCUGAGAAAAUGAUGAACGUUGUAUAUCUCAAAGUUAUUGAAUGAACCUGGUCAAUACUUUAUGUUUCGUUGGGGCAAAUUCGAGUUGGGAAGAGGUUUAGUCUCCAUGCACACUAAUGGAAGACCCGAAGAGUAAUGUUCCCUUUGAUGUAGGGAAGAGAACAUUUAUCAAGCUGUUUGCUUUUGCUUUCAUUUCGGCCAUCUAUGCAAUAUCCCUACUGGAAUUUCGACCUGCAUUAAUAUCCUUUAGGUAUAGCCAACUUGCGCACCACUUAUGACUGGUAAUAUAUCACUAAUCUUGCAAUUAUAUAAAAAUACAACUACAUGCAAGUGCAGUGCCUAAAUUCUCAGACACCAUGCUUUUUGGCCACUGUACCUUUUCUGUACGUUGUUGACAGUGCCUCGAAACGGGUAAAGUGUCCCUUCAUUUGUGGGUAACCAAACCAAAGCGAAGGAAGAUCAUUGUGGGCGUGCAUUUUUUCGUGUAACAUGAUGCACAUUAGGGAUGCAUAAUGCUAUGGCGCGAAUUGGUCUUGAAACAAAUUCAUUAAGAGACGUUUCAUUAGGAAAGGAAAUAGCUCCAUUACUACAAUGAAUCUGUUACUAAACAUUCGCGUCGGUCAAAGGUGAAACGUCGUGAUGAAGAGUAGUUUCCGAGUGACGCCUCAACUCCAAAGAAAAGAGGUAAAAUGAGGACAUAUCUAUGGGCGUGCCCGUUAGCCCCCACCCCCAACCCCAUCUUCCUUCCCCCUGCCUUUGUAAAAUAAAAAUGCGUGGAUUCAGCAAAAUGGCAUAAAUAGUUGCGAUGCGUACUACUCGCUAUCCCCUCAUCUUGAUGCUUUUCUGUGAUGCCUUUCUGUUUUCAGUUAAGCAAGGAGUUCCCAGCGACGAAGAUCUAGAGUGGCUUUCGCAGAAACUCGAAAAUUGGAAGACACUCGGGCGUCGUCUACAAAUUGAGGAAGUAAAAUUAAUGAUGAUUGAUGAUGAAAAUACGGAAUUUAUUGAAAAAAUCUACAAAAUGUUACUACAUUGGAAAGAGAGGAAUGGCUUAACUGCAACAUACAAGAUCCUACAUGAUGCACUGUGUCAUCCAUUGAUUAAUCGCACAGAUUUAGCUGAGCAACUUAUCACUGGUAAUAUAUCACUUAUCUUGUAAUUAAAUAAAAAUACUAUUACAUACAAGUAUAGUGCCUAAAUUCUCAGACACCAUGCUUUUUGGCCACUGUAUCUUCUGUGUUCGUUGUUGACAGUGCCUCGCAACAGGUAAAGUGUCACUCCAUAUGUGGGUAACCAAAUCAAAACGAAGGAAGAUCAUUUGAUGCGUUUGUAUAUUUUUAUGUAGUUUUCUGGUAGCGCACGAUUCACUCACCACACAACUGCCAACUGUAAGCGUAAGGUUACAGAUAUAUUUCUGUUCGCGUAUGUGGGCAUGCAUUUUUCGUGUAACAUGAUGCACAGUACGGAUGCAUGAUGCAAUGGCGCGAAUUGGCCUUGAAACAAAUUCAUUAAGAAACGUUUAAGGAAAAUAGCUCCAAACUUUUUCAAUCGCAUUGCUGUGAAAAAGAACUUUCAAAAAGUCAGAUAUAUGAACAAAUUCACUUUGGUUGCUUUAAUUCCAAUAUUGAAGUCAUGGAUAACGUUCUAAAAUUCCAGAUUAAAGAGGGUUUAUAAGUGAUUACUCACUUCUACAUCUUCCUUUAAUUUAAUAAGUCUUAAAUCUAUUUUCCUUGUCCUAGAUUGUAGGUACUACGAAUCGCUGAUUAAACACGUUUAUCAACUACCCUCCCCCCCUGCCCUCCUAAUUAUUGUUUUUGUGUCCAGACUCUUGUGCGCAGUAAGAUGAACCCAAAUUUUCUUUGUUUACCUUUCUAAGAAAUACCUCACUAUUGCUGACAGGGUUAAAACUUUGUUGAGAUCUAAAUCUUAGCUUUUACUCUGUUCCAAUGAAUUUUAAUUCUUGGUGUCUAUCAAUUUUCUCUUCUCUCUUUAAAACUGUGAUCAAGCUCAAAGAGAUUUUCAUCUUCGAUCAGCACUUAUUUCAACUCCUGCUUGUUACCCAUUUUACAAAUUUAGUAAGGUGUGUUUUAAUGCUCAUUACAGUUUGACUUUCCUUUCCCUUUUGCAGACAUUCCAACAGAAGAGAGUUGUAAAAGUGAUGAUCCUUCAGAAAAUAAACGUAGAAGGCUUGCAGGUAUUAUAAUUAUCAAGUGAAGAAAUUUCAUAUCAAGCUUUCGUUUAAAUAACUUCUAGUAUACAUAUAGUGGUAGAGUGUCCGAGCGCGGAAUCUGAAGGUGUCAAGUUCUAUUCCUGGUAAGGACUCAAAAUUGUUCCUUUGUCCCACGCUCGUGACAAGACAAUCAAACUUAUUUCCUUUCCCUUUUCUUCUACCAGUUUGUCAUUCUUGUUCAAGAAACAGUACUGCACAAACAUUUUAAGAAAUACAAAUUCACGAACCUUUUUUUUAUGUUAUUUGGGCUGCUUCAUUUCUCAACAUUAUUGAUCCAUCAUAAAAUAAAUGCUGGAAAUUUAAUCUUCCCUGCGAUUUAAGAAGAGUUACAGACAAAGGGAAAAAUUAAAGAACAGAGUGUGUGUUGGUUUUUUGCAGGGGGGGGCGUGGCAGCAUGGAAUUAAUUAUCUUAAUCCUUUCAUGCCAAGGAAACUGAACUUGAGUUCGUGCGAUGUUAGAAACUUGGCAUCGUGUGCAUAUUUAUCUCUUCAGUAUCAUAUUCGUCAGUGUAUUUUAAUUCUCAUAACAGUGUAAAUUUCUUUUCUCUUUUGCAGACAUUACAACUGGAGAGGAGGGUUGCAAAAGUGGUGAUCCUUCAGAAAAUAAACGUAGAAGGCUUGCAGGUAUUAUAAUUAUCAAGUGAAGAAAUUUCAUAUGAAGCUUACGUUUUAAUAACCUAUAUUAUACUUAAAGUAAUGAAGUGUCUGAGCGUGGAAUCCAUUAGUCUGAGGUUCUAUUCCUGGGGAGGACUCGAUUUUUUUUUGUCCAACGCUUGUGGCAAGACGAUAAAAUAUAUUUCCGUAUUCCUUUAUUAAGACAAUUAAUGAUUGAUCAUAAAAUGAAAAUAAUAUAUUGUUUUGGAGCUUCUCCCCUCGCACUCAACUCGGACUUUGCACUCGCCUCACCCUUUCCUCAGUUUGACUGAAAAGCGCCAAAAAAUUGCGUUUGUUGGGCAGGCUAGCGUUCGCAUGGUUUUGGGAACUUGGCGUUGUAUGCUUACUCAUCACAGCAAUGAAAAUUCACGUUUCUUUUCUCUAUUUUUCAGAACCGUUGAAUGUUGAGAAGUGCCAAGAGAUGCUAAAAUAUUAUUAUGCUACCUUCAGUAAGGUGAAAAUCGUUCCAUGGGACGACAGCUCUUCCAUUAAGAUUGAUGAGAUCUACACACCUUUGAAUUGGGUGAGAGAUCACAGGAAGCCCAGUGGAGUGACACAAGAGGAACUUGAAGACUACACUGACAUGUUCAAGGGAAAACCAAAACGAAUGCUUGUUUAUGGUCGGUCAGGAAUUGGCAAGAGUACUUUUUGUAAAAAGGCUGCAUAUGACUGGUCGAAAGCCUUAAAAGAAAUCCUAAUGAACUUUUGUGUUUUGAUUCUGAUUAAGUUGCGAGAUGUGUGUGACGUGGGAAACAUCCGCGAUGUUUUACGUGCAUCUAAAUUGCUGGCCAUUGAUGGUCCGAUCUCAGUUGAUAGUCUCUAUGAGUACAUAAUCAACAAUCAAGAUAAAGUGCUUCUUAUUUUGGAUGGCUAUGAUGAGUACAGCUGUGUAAAAGAAUACUCACCCAUCCUUAAAAUUUGGAAGGGUGAACAACUAAGAGAUUGUCAUGUUAUUGUCACCACGCAGCAACUUGGAUAUGACGAAUUAAGAGGCCUGAACCACGUUCAGUUAGAAAUUCAAGGUUUCAAAAGCUGGCAACGAAAAAUAACGUAUGCGAGAAAAUUUUUGGCAAGUGAGCAAGAUCUUGACGAGUUCAUGUCCUACCUGGAAGCUAAAGAUCUCGGUGACAUGGCAAAAAUACCUCUCCUCCUACUGAUGCUGUGUACUUUGUGGAAAGAAAAAUAUCACGUAAGACUGCCAAAAUUACGGGCCGACAUAUUCACACACUUCAUUCAAACCAUGCUAGAUCACAGACGUGAAAGUCACCAGCCUAUGCCAUUUCAGAAAGUGACCUCAACAGAAGCCAGAGAGGACCUUAGUAAUCUUGGAAAGGUUGCCUUUGAAGCACUUCUGCAAGACCGUCUUUACGUACGCUGUAGCGAACUCCCCGGAAAUAUUUCAAGAAGUUUUCAAAAAUUAAGUGAAGUUGGGCUUUUCCAGAUUGUCAAUCUUACGAGUCUCAAUCCUGAGAAAGGGGCCUAUUUCAUUCAUAAAUCCGUACAGGAGUUCCUUGCAGCCUGGCACAUUAAGGAGGAAGUGUUGUCGAUUAAAGGAGAAAGUACGCCUAGCCUUUCCAAAGUUGAAUCAUUUGAAAAGAUCGUGAAGAUGAAUGAAGUUCUGAAAUUUGCUAGUGAGCUGUCAACAGAAGCCGCAUACACAGUUUUCCAUCAUGUAGGGUCUGUUGGAAGAAAGGAAUCUUUGUCAGAAUGUGAUUUCAUUGAGUUACUUCAGGAGAAUGAAGAACUGUCUGAAGAUCAAGAACUGUAUCUGAAGCUUAUCUCGCAUAGCUACAUUUGUUGUUCGGCCGAGAAGAGACAAGAUCUCAGCUCAGUGUUUUCCUCUUACACUGAAGGUGUUAUGUGUCUUGAUUCUAACCAGCUGAACAUUACUGCAAAUGAACAUUUGCUAAAAUCUGGAAAGAUACCCGACUUCAUCUUUUUUCCUCCCAACAAAGAGUCUUCAGAGAAAAGCUAUCAAGACUUGAUCACUGUAACGGAGGACACAGAUGCUGUUUUUUUUAGUUGUUCAGGCGAAAAGAAAGCCGCAGAUUUGCUGAAGAAGUUCCCGUGUCGUUCUUUGGGCGAAUUCUUUUUGAAGAAAGAAAGAAAAAUUAUCAUUUAUGUUAAUCAAAUAUGGAAAAAAGAAGAUGGUGGCACUUUUCCGACUGAAAUGCUGCUAGAGCUCAUUUCGCCAACAGCAGAGUCUACUCAGGUGAACCGUGUUGGUGAUCCGUUGAAUGAACAAGACCACGAAACAGCUUCGUGUUUGACUAAGAACACUGAUAGCGUCACUGGUCCGAUUCCUCAGAGCCUUUCCUGUGUGGGGAAGAUUGAUAUUGACCACAUAGAAAGGCAAGAGAUGAAGAUGCUGGCUGAUUUCUUGCCACUUUUCACUGCGCUGCGAUGCAUAGUUAUUAAUGGGAAACCCUUUGAAGUCAUUGAUGCUCAGUUGACAGAGACCCUGGUGUCUCGCAUCAUCUUCAAUGACAGACUUCGCACAUUAACACUUGUUAAUAUCAAUUUAACAGCCAAACCUGCUGCAGCCAUCGCCAGAUCUCUGCACCAGUCUCCUAGCCUGCGCGGUCUCAACUUGUCACAAAACCCUCUUGGUGAAGGAGUAGGUGUUCUCACUCAACAUCUCAGCCGUGUUCCUCGCCUGGAGUGGCUGUGGCUUUCUAAUGUUAAAAUGACAAAGCAACAAGUGAAUGAUUUGAGUGCAGCUGUACGUCAGAGUAACAUCUCCCUUUUGUCGACACUCUACCAC